AUGGCUAAAUAUAGAAAGUAGAAUGACGAAAACCCCCAUUUUCUUCCAGAAUAUUCUCUGCAAAAUCCAAAAUGAGAACCCACCCACCAGUCUCAGAUGCACAGCAACAAAUAAGAAAGAGAGAGAGUGUGUUGUGUCGUGACUUGUGAAUUUGAGCCACCAUUUAAGACCAUACCACAUGCGUGCUCAAUAAGCCAUUCCCUUUGUUCCAAAUUCUUCAUUAACCCCAAACCCCAACCCUAGAUCUUCCUCUUCAAGUUCUUCCUUUGCGUCACUACAACUCAACCACCUCUUCCCUUUUCAAACCCAGAUCUCUCCAAUUCCACAAUUCUUGCCUAAACAACAAAUCCAUUUCAUUUUUUUUUUAAUAAAAAUACUCUUUGUUUUGCUCUGAAUCACUUCUGGGCUAGUCUUAUUUCUCCACAAGUUUCUUGCUUUUUGCUUUAAUUGUUCUGAAUUCUGCAUUUCGUUUUGUGGGGUCGUCUUGAAUUGCGCUGUUUUUGAUAUAAACUCGUUGUUUCUUUAUUUAGAUCUAGUUGUGUAAGGGUAUGCUUUGUAUGCGUUUGUAGUGUAAUAUUGGUAGUGAGUUCUCAUGGCAAUGCCAUCGGGAAAUGUGGUAAUACAAGAUAAAAUGCAGUUUCCAAGUGGUGGUGGUGGUGGUGGUGGUAGUGGUGGUGGUGGAGGUGCUGGUGGUGAGAUCCACCAGCACCACUACCGUCAGCAAUGGUUUGUUGAUGAGAGGGAUGGGCUUAUUGGCUGGCUGCGAAGCGAAUUCGCAGCUGCCAAUGCCAUCAUAGAUUCCCUUUGUCAUCAUUUACGUGUGGUUGGUGAUCCUGGGGAGUAUGAUAUGGUUGUUGGAGCCAUUCAGCAAAGGCGAUGUAAUUGGAAUCAGGUGCUGCUUAUGCAGCAAUACUUUUCUGUAGCUGAGGUGGUAUAUGCACUGCAGCAAGUGGCUUGGAGGAGGCAGCAGAGGUAUCUGGAUCCAGUGAAGGUGGGUGCAAAGGAGGUUAGGAAAUCUGGUUCGGGGUAUCGGCAUGGGCAGAGGUUUGAGGGUGCAAAGGAAGGUUAUAAUUCUAGUGUAGAGUCUUAUAAUCAUGAUGCAAAUGCUGUGGUUACAGGAGGUGUGGAGAAAGGGACUGCACUAACUGAGAUGAGUGAGGAACAUAAAUUUGGUGGCAAGGUUGAGAAGGUCGGUGAUGAGGGUUUAAUGUCUGCUGAAGAGAAGAAAGAUGCCAUGGCAAAGCAUCAAACUGAUGGAAACUUGAAGAGCACAGGGAGUUCUCAAGGAUCUCUGUCCAACUUGGAAUCUGAAGCUGCUUUUGUAAAUGAUGGAUGUAUAUCCAAUUGUAAAGGGAAUGAUUCACAUUCUCUGCAAAAUCAGCAUCAGAGUCUUUCUUCCGUAGCAAAAACUUUUAUUGGCAAUGAAAUGUUCGAUGGGAAGAUGAUGAAUGUGGUUGAUGGGCUGAAAUUGUAUGAAGAUUUAUUUGAUGACACUGAAGUUUCGAAACUUGUUUCAUUGGUUAAUGAUCUAAGGGUUUCUGGGAAAAAAGGCCAAUUGCUAGGUAAUCAGACAUAUGUAGUUUCAAGAAGGCCCAUGAAAGGGCAUGGAAGGGAGAUGAUUCAGUUGGGUGUACCGAUUGCUGAUGCACCACCACUAGAUGGGGAAAAUAUCACAGGAGCCUCCAAAGAUAUGAAUGUAGAGUCUAUUCCAUCCUUGUUUCAAGAUAUUAUUGAGCGUAUGGUUUCCUUGCAAGUAAUGAAUGUGAAGCCUGAUUGUUGCAUCGUGGAUUUCUACAAUGAGGGUGAUCACUCACAGCCAUAUAGUUGGCCAUCAUGGUUUGGUAGGCCUGUUUAUAUCCUUUCCCUGACGGAUUGUGAAAUGACUUUUGGAAGAGUAAUUGCAUCAGACCAUCCUGGAGAUUAUAGGGGCAGUCUCAAGCUUUCUCUAGGGCCCGGGUCCCUUCUUGCUAUGCAAGGGAAAUCCAGUGAUUUUGCUAAGCAUGCUCUUCCUUCCAUGCGCAAGCAACGGAUACUUGUUACUUUCACAAAGUCCCAACCAAAAAGGUCACUGCCAAGUGAUGCUCAACGUCUUGCCUCGCCAGCAGCAUCUUCUCACUGGAAUCCACCUCCAAGCCGAUCUCCCAAUCAUGCUCGUCAUAUAGGCUCCAAGCAUUAUCCUACACUCACAACCACUGGAGUACUGCCAGCUCCACCCAUUCGACCACAAAUUGCGCCUCCAAAUGGCAUGCAACCAUUGUUUGUUACUGCUCCAGUUGUACCGCCCAUGCCAUUUCCUGCACCUGUCCCAAUCCCACCUGGUUCUUCUGGAUGGACAGCCGCUCCUCCUCCAAGGCAUCCCCCACCUAGAAUCCCUGCUCCUGGCACCGGAGUCUUCUUACCUCCGCCUGGCUCAGGUAAUCCAUCCCAACCUUUACCAGGUACUUUGACUGACCCGAACUCGAGUGUGGAAACUUCAACCACACCAGAAAAGGAAAAUGGGAAAUCUAAUCAUAUUAGUACAAGUGCUUCACCAAAAGGUAGAAUGCAAAGGCAAGAAUGCAAUGGUCACGUUGAUGGAAGUCAAGUUGAACAAGCUCUAGAGACACAGCAGGAUAGUGAUGACAAAGCUGCAGCAAGCCAUUGAGCUGUACCUGGCUUAUACAUAUACAUAGAGAGAGAGAGAGAGAGAGAGAGAGAGAGAGAGAGGAGAGAGAGAGAGAGGGAGGAAAAGCUUAUCAAUGGAAAAGGAUAGGCUGCGAACUUAACUUGAGUAUGAAUCAAAUGUAAAGCGCGGCAACAUUUGAGAUAUCACCAUACUGCAGGGGAGAACAAGGGAAGGAGGCAGAACUUUUGGUUCUCUUCAAAAUCCUUUCUUUGCUUCAUUCCUUUUUUGUCGUCUUCGAAAUAUUAACUCUUACACGAAGGGAAACUCAUUCUUAAUUCUAAUUUUGGCUUUUCAAAUCUUUAUUGUUAUUUU